CUUGACGCGCGAGUGACGCGCAAGAACUUUGAGGCGUGCGCGCGUGUUUUCAAACGGCGACGAACUACACUAUAAGGCGACGCGUACGGCAAUCGCGUGUGAACUUUUUCGGUUUUUGUGAUUGCGUAUUAUCGCAACAAACCACCCUUUAAGAAGGUGUAGGGGGUGUUCUUAGUGCCCUUUCAAAUUUGGUGAUUUUUUUUACAAUAUUUGUUGAAUUUUGGAUUUUUGUGACUCGGGAAGAAUCCUUCUACAGCAUCCAGUGAAACACGCGCAAUCAAGAUGGGAUCCGUAUCUCAUCACAAGAUAUCAACCCGGUUGAUCAUCUUCCUGAUGCUGGCGGCCGGCACCGGUCUGGAACCGGGCCCGGUCGGAGCUAUUACGGUAGCGACAACGACUUCGGACGACCCGAUGCAGGAAUCUACGCAACAAACUUCGACGACCCUGAUGGCGGAGGCAACGGUAACGCAAAUGCCAUCGCUACUGGACCGGGAGCUUGAAGAGAUGGAUCAGGGAGUGGCAGAGAGCGUGACCAGUGAGAAGGCUGAUUUGGCUGAAGCCGAAACGAAAGAUCCCAAGAAGUUGGAGAUCAUCAAGCAGAUUAGGAAGUUCAAUAGCGAUGGAUCUUAUACGGUAGGGUAUGAAGCGGAGGAUGGAACCUUUAAGAUUGAAAGUAGGGAUGUGCUGGGAAAUAUUAAGGGUACGUAUGGGUAUAUUGAUGAAAAUGGGGAGAUUCAGAGGGUUUCGUACAAUGCACACAACAGUACCGGGUUGAAGGGAACGGCUGCUCCGGUGACGGAAGAAGUGGUUCAUAUUCCAGCUAAGUUCAAUAGGAGUUACAUUGGGAUGCCGACGACGAGACGGCCUCCGUCGUAUCAUGGGAGUACGGUGAUGCCGCAGAAAACGAGUGUUAUUCAAACGAUUCCGAGGAAGCGAUCUAAUGGGUUGACUACUGAAAAAACGACAAGUAAAAUGACGGAGACUACGGCGUUUUCGGAACAGACAACGGCCUCCAGUCACAGUGCUACGGUUCAGACGCCGAAGCCUUUGUUGAUCAUAAGACCUACGCCCAUUCCUUUGAUGCCGAAGACGCUUGAACAGCUGGUUCGACCGGAGAAAGCUGAGAGUGAACACAUUACGAAGAUUUAUGCAAAGAGUGCUCCUCAAAGGAAGGAGACGGAAAGGAAGAAUGUGAGGGGGAACUUUUUGCGAAGACAACUCCCUCAGGAUCAGGAUGAUGAUAUCGAAGCUCAACAGCAGGUUGUUUAUGGACAGUCGGCGGGAGAGGAGAUAGCGAAUAUAUUUGCAGCCACACCACCGGAGCUGAGGCCGAUUUAUACGACGACUCCAACGCCACGAAUUCCAGCAGUUGUACUGGCAGCUCGCCAACGAGCAGCUCACAUUCAAAACAUGUUGACCAGUGAACGACCAACGACAACCACUGAGAGAAGCUAUGCUAAGCAGGCGCGAACUAAGCCAGAACCAGCUCCGGUAGUUUAUGAACCAGCUACAGAACCUUCAUCGGAAACAAGCUACGUUACCGAUUCACCUGGGUCGGUUGUCCAAAUACCGGCGAAUAGUAAUCGGGAGAUUGCAGAAGCAGCCGAAGACGAACGAAGAGUUUAUCGACCACGACCUGUCGAGUUUCGUCCAAGAGAGAACUACAGGUUUGUACCGGCUGCAGAUCGGCAGGAACGCUACCGCGUUCCAUUAGGCAUUCCUCCUCAAGCUAGAGCCUUCCCGGUCCAUGAAAACCCUUACUUGAGGGAGUCAUCCACCAGAGGACUGCCAAUUGUUCCAGAAAACUAUCCCCAAGAUGACGAUGUCAACAGUAUUGCUUACCGUCAGCAGCGAAGACCUCAAGGUCCUCCACCCUCGGCUGCUUACACAGAAACUCAACGGGAAGCACCAGCCGCAAAUACGAUCCCCAACGGACACAGCUACCCUCAGCAAUCGUUCCCUCAGUCGUACGGCUUUAAUCCCUACCGAAACCAGUACCAAUCGCAGGCAUCCAGUCCGUAUUACGACUUCCCGGAUCGCCCUCUGACCACCCGAGACUUCGAGCGUAUUCUACAGCUGCUUAUCUUCCGACACCAACAGCUCCAACAGCAACAGGCUCUUCGAUUUGGAGGUUACAGCAAUCCCUACUACGGUGGUCCUUCGCUGGCUCCUCCAUUUGUGCCAAACCCCUACCAGGGUGGAUUCGCUGCUCAAAUCCCUCGACCACCGUUCUACAAUGCCUUCCAACAGGGCGCCGGCUACUACGAUCCGCGCUACCAGAAUCCUCUCUAUAGUCCCUCAACCGGCAAUCGCCAAUACAGCGAACGUAACUCUCAGCAGCAAUCACCUGCCGAAUACCAACAAAACGCAGCCCAACAGGAAGCUCCUCCACAAGCCGCCUACGAAUUGUCUCGAUUGGCGCCCCGAAGGCGCCAAUACGUACAAAGACCGGAACCGGAAUACCUCGCCGGAGCCGGCGCUGAACAACCAACGCAAGCCGAUCUCCUCCCCGGAAACGUCCGUGAAGACCUGCUGUACCGAAUGCUGAUGCUGGCAAUCCAAUCGGAAGCGGCCUUCGGAGCUUCCCCAGCAAUCUCAGCACUCAGUCCCGGAGGAGGUUACCCAGGUGGUAUUCCAGGUGGUCUCCCGUCACAGCAACGCGGAUUCCCUCCGGGAGCCGGCCCGAAUCUGAUCUCAGCCGGAUCGGUCCAUCGAGCCGUCCACCAGCAGAGUCCCCCGACUACGACGCCCGGCUACAGCAAGAAACCGGUGAGGAGUGUACAAAUUUUGGGCGAGGAGUAGCUCGACUCUUCUAGAAUUAGGUUAGUAGUGAUUUUGUUCCGAUUACCGCUAAUUUUUGUUUUUCCUCUCCCGAAGCGAAUUACCCGAUUAGUUAGUGUUUACGUACCGUGUUAGAUGUAGGCAGUAGGCUGUGUGAGCGGUUGCCCGUGGAAACCGUCACUCCGAUCUUGAAAGGACUGUGUUAUUGAACAUUCUUUUUUUUUUCAA